CACACUGUAAAGAUUAUUAUAUAAUGUAGUCACGAGUUUCUUAUCAUAACCAAAGUUGUCGUUGAUCAAUGCAAAUAUGAACAAGUAUACACUGUGGACAGUGUUGUUGGUAUUUCAUGUAAACACAACUUUUGGAUGUGAGGACAUAGAAAACCAGGUUUGUUCUCAACUAAUUCAGAAGUAUCCAGGGUUUUGCAGCGACACCUGUCUGUCAACAUUAUGUCAACGAAGUUGUGGACUCUGUCCUACUAAUUGUUACGAGUGUCAUGAGGUCGAUAAUCCCAAGAAUUGUACAAACAUGGUAGAAUGUCCAUCAAAAGACCAUUAUUGUUUUACCACGCAGUCUUUUGCUGACGAUUUCAGAGAAAUAUAUAAACUAGGAUGUGCUACAAAAAAUCUUUGUGCCGGCUACUUUGGUGAUAAUGUCAAACGCAGUCUCAAAGUUAAUGCUGCAUGCUGUCAUGAAGAUAGAUGUAAUAAUUUGACACCUGAGGCGAUUGAAUAUGUAAAACAUAAUCACCAAAUGAUCACAACACAACCAUCAAAUGAAACAACUAUCUCACCAUUGAUCAACGACUGUGGUAAUAUUGAUGACAGUAUAUGUACACGUAUAAUACAGUUAAACCCAGAUUUCUGUCAGAAUGAUACAUGUGCUGCUUCGAAGUUAUGUCCCUUGAUGUGUAAAAGUUGUUUUAGAUGUAAUAGUUGUAAUGACAUAGAACAUAUUGAUGACUGCAAGGCGACCACCUCAUGUAGCGGGGGCAUGAAAUGUUAUUCUCUUGAAACAUUAAGUUUUGAUCUGAGACCGGUAUAUAGACUUGGAUGUAUGGAUGAUCAGCUUUGUCAGAGAUUCAUGAUAUCAAGCCCGCAAAUAUUUGGAAAAAGACAGCAAUUACAACUGAAAGGAGGUUGUUGCAGUUCUGACCUAUGUAACGACAAUGUUGUCAUGACAACUACACCAGCUACAACAACAACACAAGUUCCUACAACUGUUGUUACUGGUUGCGGUCACCAUUCAUCAAGACAUUGUCCUUCAGGGUUUCAGCUUUAUCAUUCGUGCUACCAUGUAGGUAAAGAAGCGAAGAGCUGGCUUGAUGCAGAGAGUUACUGCAAGAGUAAAUGUACUACACUUGCAGACUUCAGUUCGUUAAGCGAUCUGCAACAUGUGUUCUCACAUGUUCUUUCACAAAAAACAAAUUCAACAACAUUGGACUUUUGGACAGAUGGUGUCGGAUACACAAGUACCUUUAAAUAUUCUAGACAAUAUUGGAUGUGGUCAACUACAAAACAAAGAAUAAGUUCUGAGUUAACUCAUCAGGUCCAUCACAGUAGUUCUAUUGAAUGUAUAAAGGUGAAAAGGAACUCCCAUACAAGCACUGAUUUAUUGUCUGCGGCAAAUUGCCAAACAAAGUUAAUUCCAUUAUGUAAAUUGUAAUAAAUUUGGGAUACAUUUACUUUUGAAAA